UAAGUAAGUGUAGCCUCUUUCCAAUCUUGAAACCCAUCAUCUUCUCUCUCUCCAAAGCAUGCCAUAAGAGUCUCAAGACUAUCAUCACACACACCCCGUAUUAGGUUUUCAUAAAGUCCACUAUUGAGCAUGAUUUGUGAUUGUGAUGGUAAUGGUAUGGCAUUUGCCUCACCUCAUGAGUUCAUGUUUCAAACCCAUGAACUCAACCACCCUCCUAGCAUCCUCCCUUCAUGUCCACCCCAAGACUUCCAUGGUGCCCAAACGAGGAGAUCGAUGUCGUUUUCGGGUAUUGGGGGCAAGUGGGAUCAUCAAGAAAUGCAAGUAGAAGAUGACAUGUCUGAUGAUGAUGAUGGAGGAUCCAAUUCACAAGUAGUGCUUGGAGAGAAGAAGAAGAGGCUAGGGAUGGAACAAGUGAAGGCACUUGAGAAGAGCUUUCAUGAGUUGGGUAACAAGCUUGAUCCUGAGAGGAAAUUGCAGUUGGCUAGGGCUUUGAAUCUGCAACCAAGACAAGUUGCUAUAUGGUUCCAGAACAGGAGGGCUAGGUGGAAGACUAAGCAACUGGAAAAAGACUAUGAUCUCUUGAAGAGAGAGUUUGAGUCACUCAAGGCUGACAAUGGUGCCCUUAAGUCUCAUAACAACAAACUUCAUGCUGAGUUAUUGGCUCUAAAAGGUAUAGAAUCAAAUGGAAUUGGACCUAUUAACCUCAACAAAGAAAUUGAGGGUUCAAUAGAGAGCUCAUUAGAUACUUAUAAACAUAUAUUCCAUUCAUCUACUGGAGCUACAAGUAGUGUUACUCAUCUCCUCCAAAGCUCAUCAAGAUCAGACCUCCAAUGUCGGAAAAUUGAUCAGACGGUUCCAGAUGAAAGCUUCUGCAACAUGUUCAGCAGCAUUGAGGAUCAGCCUAGUUUUUGGCCAUGGCCAGAGCAGCAACAUAUCCAUUGAAACCAAACCCAAACUACUGAUUCAGAAACAGUAUCACGAAAAUGAAAUGUGUGUGACUCACAAUUCUAAAUUUGAAUCCACACCCAUGUUUCAUUUUGGGCAAAUUAUAUCAGUGGUUCAUGUAAUUUGUCUCUUGUAUCAAUUUGUUUCUUUUUGUUUCAAUUUUGCCAUUUAAUGUUUCAGUCUUUGUCAA